AUGGGUGUUCCCGCGCUAUUCCGUUGGCUCUCCAACAAAUAUCCGAAAAUCAUUUCGCCCGUUAUUGAGGAGCAGCCCUACGAGGUCAAUGGAGAACAGAUCCCCGUCGACACCACGCGUCCGAACCCCAAUGGGGAGGAGUUGGAUAAUCUAUACCUGGACAUGAACGGUAUCGUCCAUCCAUGUACUCACCCAGAGGGAAAGCCUCCACCGGCGAACGAGCAGGAGAUGAUGUUGGAGAUCUUCAAUUACACCGACCGAGUUGUGAAUAUGGUCCGCCCGAGGAAACUCCUGAUGAUCGCUGUUGAUGGUGUUGCGCCGCGAGCAAAAAUGAACCAACAGCGCGCACGUCGUUUCCGCUCUGCGCAGGAGGCUAAGGAGGCUGAUGAGAAGAAGGAAGAAUUCCGGAAACAGUUCCUCAAGAAGAGCAAAGGAGAUCAGGAGAUUCACGAAGAAGUUAUACAGAAGACGUGGGAUAGCAACGUCAUCACCCCCGGAACUCCUUUCAUGGACAUUCUCGCUGCAUCCCUGCGCUACUGGAUUGCGUAUAAGCUCAACACGGAUCCAGGUUGGGAGAAGCUCAAAAUCAUCAUUUCGGAUGCGACAGUCCCGGGAGAAGGAGAACACAAAAUCAUGGAGUUUGUCCGGUCGCAACGAGCUUCCCCAGAGCAUGACCCCAAUACUCGCCACGUGAUAUAUGGUUUGGAUGCCGAUUUGAUUAUGCUGGGUCUCGCUACUCACGAGCCUCAUUUCAGAGUACUUCGAGAAGAUGUGUUCUUUCAGGAGUCUAAAGCCCGAACGUGCCACUUAUGCGGCCAGGCAGGCCAUAAGGCUGAAGAAUGCAGGGGCCAGGCAAAGGAGAAGAGCGGACAGUUUGAUGAAAAGGGCAAAGGCCAAUCACUCAAACCAUUUAUUUGGCUCAAUGUUUCUAUCCUCCGGGAAUAUCUUGCCGUCGAGCUGUACGUUCCGCAUCAACCGUUUCCCUUUGACCUGGAACGAGCCUUGGAUGAUUGGGUCUUCAUGUGCUUCUUCGUAGGUAAUGAUUUCCUGCCGCACUUGCCCUCUUUAGACAUCCGGGAAAACGGCAUCGAUACUUUGAUAGCAAUAUGGCGGGAUAAUAUUCCUGUUAUGGGAGGUUACUUGACCAAGGAUGGCCAUGUUGAUUUCAAAAAAGCUCAACUUAUUCUGCAAGGGCUUGCAAAGCAGGAAGAUGCUAUUUUCCGCCGCCGCAGGCAAGUUGAAGAGAGAAAGCUCGCGAAUGAGAAGAGGCGCAAGGAAGAAGCACAGGCCCGAGACCGUGCCAGGAAACGACGAAGGAGCUCACCUAACUAUGAAGCCUCUGAGCCUCCCGCAAGCAACAGAGCCCGCGGCGGCGGCGGCGGCGACUCAGCGCCACCUAAUGAUGUGGAGUUAAUCAUACCUGGUCGAGGAGAACUAUCACGAGAAAACCGAGAGCUGACACACAGCAUGGUGGUCAACCGUGGGGCUGUCUAUCGGGCUAAUAUGGCUAACAAGAGCGCUGCGGCUAUCUUGAAGAGCAAACUUAUGAAAGGUUCGCAGGAGGGUGACGACGCUGCAGAGUCCACGCCGAUGCCAGACGCAGACGGACCUUCGGACAAUAAAGCAGAACCGACAUCGCCAUCCGUUCUUGGCAAAAGAAAGGCAGAUGAGCCAGAGGAUGAGACAGAAACACCGGCCGACAACACGGACUCUACUCCUAAACCUUCCAAAGAUGAUGAGAUGCCUCCUGAUACUGUCCGCCUCUGGGAGGAGGGCUACGCUGAUCGUUAUUACGAGCAGAAAUUUGGCGUUGAUCCUCAGGACAAAGAGUUCCGCCAUAAGGUCGCACGAGCAUACGCUGAAGGCCUAGCGUGGGUUCUUUUGUAUUAUUUCCAAGGGUGCCCAUCAUGGAAUUGGUAUUAUCCUUAUCAUUACGCACCCUUUGCGGCUGACUUCGUGGAUAUCGGUGAUAUGGAGCUCUCUUUUGAGAAGGGAACGCCCUUCAGGCCAUUCGAACAGCUCAUGGGAGUCCUUCCAGCUUCGUCAAACCACGCCAUUCCCGAAGUGUUCCACGAUCUCAUGCAGGACCCCAAGAGUGAGAUUAUUGAUUUCUACCCUGAAGAUUUUGCUGUGGAUUUGAAUGGCAAAAAGUUCGCUUGGCAAGGAGUUGUUCUGCUACCGUUCAUUGACGAGAAGAGACUUCUGACCGCCAUGGAAAAGAAAUACCCUUUGCUCUCCGAUGAUGAGAGGCAUCGCAAUACUGUUGGCCGAGAGGUCUUGCUGCUAUCGGACGGCCACCCUCUAUACCAGGACUUGGUCGCCAAUUUCUACUCGAAGAAGCAGGGUGCCCCCAAAUACACGUUGAAUAUGCGAGUAAGUGAAGGGUUAGCAGGUAAAGUCGAGCGCAACGAAACGUAUAUCCCACAUAGUUCGUUGGUAUCUUCGCUCGAAGAAUACGGCAUGCCCACUUUGGAGGAUGACCGGUCCUUAACGGUCAACUAUGAAAUCCCCAAAUCAAGUCACAUCCACAAAUCGAUGUUGCUACGAGGCGUCAAAUUUCCUCCCCCUGCGCUGGACAAUGCCGACAUUCAGGCUACCAAAUCUAAAGCUCAGCACUCGGGCCGUUCGUUUGGCGGCGCACCGUUUCGCGGUGGCCAUGGCAAUAGGGGUGGACGAAUCAACUACGCAAGCGACCGACCAAACGACCGACCAAAUCCUUUUGCAGCACAUCUCGAUCCCAACUUCAUGCCCCCGGCCAAUUCAGGCGCUCAGGGGAUGCCUUCUGGCUGGGCUCCCCCAGUACCAGGAUCUGCGAACUUCUCCCGGGGUCCCCCACCCCCUCCUCGCGGAAACCACCGGAAUCAUUAUGGCUCAGGACAUUCUCAGCAACAAGGUUAUCAGCAGACGAACUAUGGGCGAAACGACCACUACGGCCGCGGUCAGCAGGGACAUCAGCAUCAGGGAUCCUACGGCAACCAAUCCGGUCAAUAUAACGGACGGCAGUCUGGCUACGGAGGGGCUGACUAUCGGGGUGGAGGUUAUCAACGCGGAGGAUAUCAAGGCCAAGGCCAAGGUCGGGACUACUACAAUUCCAGGAACCAGGGUGGAUAUGGUCGGUAUUAA